AUGGCUGUUUCUCGCAACGGUAGAAUCUAUUGUGGUGUGUUUGGUUGUAAAACAUUUUACUCAACAAAUGAAAACAUAAGUUUUCAUUUACUUCCCAAAGAAAAUGAUCCAAAGGUGCUUUGGAUUAAUAAAAUGGGAAAGGAGGAAUUAGUUAACAGGCGGUGUGUAUGGGCAAAGAACCUAAGGUUUGGAAAAGAAUCUUUGAAAAAGACACAACUUCGUGUGUGUUCACUCCACUUCACUGAAAACGACUUUAUGCCUUCAGGAGUAAAUACUAAACGAAAACGACUUAAGCCUACUGCUAUUCCGAGUUUAAAUUUGCCAAAGUCUACAGUUUCACUAGAAUCUCCUAAAAAAAGACGCUCUCCCAAGAAAAGAGAUUUACCCACAUCUACAAAUUUAAAUUAUUCAUGUGAAACUUCUACUUCUGUUGAAAUACAAGAAAAGCCACUUCAAUCAACAUGUUUAGAAAACACUUCUGAUGUUGAUGAAGAUGAUACUGCUGAAACGAUCAAACAAUUGUAUGAUCAAAUUGAUUAUAAAAACACAACGACUAAUGUGUCCACUCAAGUCACUAGUGGUGAUUUAAUGGUUCCAUUUAUUUCAAUAAUUAACUCACCUAAAAAUUUAUAUACUUUGACUGGAAUACCUUCAUUUGAGUUAUUAAAUAAGAUUGAAGAACUGUAUCGUUUGCAGUUUCCAGAUAAACGUUCUCAUAAUUUGAGUUAUAAAGAAAGAAUUGUCAUGGUAUUUAUGAAAUUUAAACAAGAUUUACCUUUUGUAGUAUUAUCAAUAUUGUUCAAAAAUGUUUCACCUGAAUCUUGUAGAUUAAUUUAUACCACUAUUAUACCGUCACUAGCUAUGAUUUUAAAUAGUGUCAUAUAUUGGCCAUCAAAACAGGAAAUUUUAUCAAAUAUACCUUAUUGUUUUGAAAAGUUUAGUAACACCAGAGUAAUUAUAGACUGUACAGAGAUUGCAACCCAAAAACCCAAAUGCUUAACAUGCCGUAUUAAAACCUAUAGCAACUAUAAAUCAACGUUUACCUUAAAAUUCUUAAUAGGUAUAUCACCUGGUGGACUUAUAACAUAUGUAAGCAAACCAUAUGGAGGUAGAGCUUCAGACAAAGCAAUAUUCGAGCAAAGUGGAUUGAUAGGAAUGAUGGAAAGAUUUGAUGGUAUUAUGGUAGAUAAGGGAUUUUUAAUUGACGACUUAUGUUUAGAAAAACAAAUAGAAUUAAUCCGACCUCCUUUUUUAAAAAACAAAACAACAUUUUCUAAAGCUGAGGCACUUUUAAAUAAAGACAUAGCUAGUGAACGUGUACAUAUUGAGAGAGUGAACCAGCGUAUUAAGUCAUUUAAGAUUUUCCAAAAUAAAUUUUCAUGGUCUCAUAAUUAUUUAACAUAUGACAUAAUGAUCAUAAUUUGUGGAAUGUGUAACUUAAGCUCUCCCAUUUUUGCAAAUGAUAAAUUUAGUGUAUAA